AUGCUGCGAGACGCCGUCAUCGGUGUCGAUGCCUCAUACUACCUGAACCUCCGCCUCAACGGGAACAACGAAGAGCCUCUCAAGCAUGCCCUCGGGGGCCAGCCAUUUGUCUUCAAAAAAGCCGUCGAGGACGACAUUACCGUCCUGCGACAAAAUGGCAUCACAUUGGUGUUCGUCUUCAACGGCCUCGACUACGUGAACAAAAGCCUCCCCGACUCGCAGUUGGCGGAUAGCCGAAGGGUACAAGAUGAAGCGUGGCAUCACUACAUGAACGGGGACAGUAAGCGCACGGUGACAGACUUUGGAAAGGCAAAAUACCCCGUCGACAUCAUGACCCGGACGCUUCAGAAACUGUUGUUUGAUAAUAAUGUUCAAUACAUGGUUGCUCCAUACAGUGCCACUGCGCAGUUGUCUUAUCUUUUGAAAUUGGAAGAUCAAUACAUUGAUGCUGUCAUGGGCAGCACCGAGUGCUUUCUCUUUGGGGUGGACAGGGUGGUGACGGAUUUCAAUCUCAACGACUCGACCCUGAGCUUGGUCAGCCGCACGGCGUGCGAGGAUAUACUGAAAGCCCACAAGGACGUGCUUCGAGACGCCCAACUCUUGCUUGGGACCUCCUUCACUCCGACCUUCCCGAUCCUAGAAAGCAUGGCCGCGGCGAAGCCGACGGGCAUUGUGGACGCCAUCACCCUCCUUAACGGGGCCGGCAAAAGUGUCAUGCAGCUUUGCAACUACCAUCGAGACAACCCUCAAGCCCAGAGCAUGGAGUACGCCGACCGUUACAAGAAGGCGAUCAUGACCAUCAGGCACCACGUGAUAAUGGAAAAGAACGGUGUCGUUGCGCCCCUCAACUUUGACGAGGCGCCCGGCGACGUCCACGAAUUUGUUGGACAGAGACUGCCCGAGGAGUUGUUCUUCUACGUCUCCAAGGGCAUGCUCGGCCCGCAGGUACCAAACUGGCUCACGUCUGGAGAAAUCGCCCUUUCACUUCCGGGGGGAGUCUUCGAUUCGGAACCUUAUCGAAAAUUGGUGAUAGAAUUCCUCAACCCGUACCGAACCGAAGCGCUCAAAAUCCUGGCAGAGUCGCUCAACUACUACUACCAGUCGCGGGUCAUCAAGGUCAACCCCUGGAUUUCUCAGAAUACAAGCAACUUGACAAUCGAGAUCCGGAACACUCCAGCCAUGAAACCAAAGUUGGUCCAGUGGAGAGUCCGAGGGGCCAAUAUUGAAUCUGUGAUUGGCAAAGGCGAGAAUGUUGGUCUAUUUCUACCUUGUCUGCGGUCUCUCAAAGACGUUACAUUUGCCAAGAAGACCAUUACCUUCGGCAAGUUGGAACACCCAGCUCUUCGAACAGCUGAUGAGGUAGCCGUCAACACAGUCUUCCGGUACUUACAAGUUCGUGGCUACGUUGAUGACCAACACAACGUGACCACCUGGGGCAAGGCUCUGGAAACUGCGUUGACGAUCGCCGACGAGGAGUGUACCAUCAUUGGCGUGGAGAUGCUGAGACUUGGGCUGUUCACUGGCAAUUUCGCUUCAGGAGAUCCGGUAGCAAAGACUGACAAAGAUCACGACCGGAAAGUCAAUACAAACCUCAUUUCCAAGGUUGCGUGCUUGGGUAGAAUCCGGCACAAGCCCAUGGGAUUUGUCGGACCUCUCGAUCGUCAGCUGUUAACAUACGCUUGGAAGAUCUCGGCAGUCCGCACAACCCUUAGAGAUCUCUUGGAAACAAUCAUGACGAGCAUGUUUUUGAACGGUGACGUGGAUCGGGACCGUGAAGACUGGAUUGCUCUUGCUCAAAGGCUCCCAUUUUCCAGCGACAAUGGCUCCGGGCUUGCAAUCGCGGUCAAGACGUACCUGGACGCCGUCAGCGAAGAACCCGAGCCAACCGACGCACUCAAAACCAGCAUUAAGCAGCAAGAAGGGAAGUACAAUUGGUUCGCACAACUUCGCGGCAGUGGUUACUUGACUAAGAGUCUCGAUCAAGCCUGGAAGAUAUGGGAUGCGAUUUAUGCUGCAAGUCAAGUGCCAGGCACAGACGUUAAGGAGGCCAAGCUCUUCUCUGAGGCGAACGAAUGGCUUGCCCCCCGACGAUGA